GAUUGGUCGAGGACCCUGCCGGGCCACGGAGGACCCGCGGCUGUGGGAAACAGUACGGGGGCGGGCGAGGUGCCGGGCGGGUGCUGCCAUGGCGUAAGGCGGCUCGUGGGCGCGGCGCGUGGCGGGCCUUGCAGGCCUGUCACUGCCAGCGUCCACGGGAGCCGAUACAUCGGCCCGAUGAUGACCAACGGGGUAGUGCACGCCAACUUGUUUGGCAUUAAGGACUGGGUGACGCCCUAUAAGAUCGCGGUCCUGGUGCUGCUGAACGAGAUGGGCCGCACGGGAGAAGGCGCCGUCAGCCUCGUGGAGCGGCGGAAGCUCAACCAGCUGCUCCUGCCACUGCUGCAGGGCCCAGAUAUCACACUGUCAAAGCUGUACAAGCUAAUUGAAGAAUCGUGUCCUCAGCUGGCAAAUUCAGUGCAGAUCAGAAUCAAGCUGAUGGCUGAAGGCGAAUUGAAGGAUAUGGAACAGUUUUUUGAUGACCUUUCAGAUUCUUUUUCUGGAACUGAACCAGAGGUUCACAAAACAAGUGUAGUAGGUCUGUUUCUGCGUCACAUGAUCUUGGCCUACAGUAAGCUCUCUUUCAGUCAAGUGUUCAAGCUGUACACUGCCCUCCAGCAGUACUUCCAGAACGGGGAGAAGAAGGCGGGGGGAGACGCCGACAUGGAUAGAGAGGACGCAGAGAGACAGAUGGAGAAAGAGGAGCUCGACGUGUCUGUCAGAGAAGAGGAGGUGUCUUGCAGUGGUCCUCUGUCCCAAAAACAAGCCGAAUUCUUUCUUUCUCAGCAGGCUGCUUUGCUGAAGAAUGAUGAGACUAAAGCCCUCACCCCGGCUUCCUUGCAGAAAGAAUUGAACAACUUGUUGAAAUUUAAUCCUGAUUUUGCUGAAGCACAUUACCUCAGCUACUUAAACAACCUCCGUGUUCAAGAUGUUUUCAGCUCAACGCACAGCCUCCUUCACUAUUUCGACCGCCUGAUUCUCACCGGAGCUGAGGGCAAAAGCAAUGGGGAGGAGGGUUAUGGCCGGAGCCUGAGAUACGCCGCCCUGAACCUGGCCGCCCUGCACUGCCGCUUCGGUCACUAUCAACAGGCAGAGCUCGCCCUGCAGGAGGCAAUUAGGAUUGCCCAGGAGUCCAACGAUCACGUGUGUCUGCAGCACUGUUUGAGCUGGCUUUAUGUGCUGGGGCAGAAGAGAGCUGAUAGCUAUGUUCUGCUGGAGCAUUCUGUGAAGAAGGCAGUACAUUUUGGGUUACCGUACCUCGCCUCCCUGGGAAUACAGUCCCUUGUUCAACAGAGAGCUUUUGCUGGGAAGACGGCCAACAAACUGAUGGACGCCCUAAAGGACUCCGACCUCCUGCACUGGAAACACAGCCUGUCGGAGCUCAUUGACAUCAGCAUUGCCCAGAAAACGGCCAUCUGGAGGCUGUACGGCCGCAGCACCAUGGCCCUGCAGCAAGCCCAGAUGUUACUAAGCAUGAACAGUCUGGAGUCGGUGAACGCGAGCGUGCAGCAGAACAACACGGAGUCCUUCGCCGUCGCCCUCUGCCACCUGGCAGAGCUCCACGCAGAGCAGGGUUGUUUCGCCGCCGCCGCUGAAGUAUUAAAGCACUUGAAGGAGCGCUUCCCACCCAACAGUCAGCACGCCCAGUUAUGGAUGCUGUGUGAUCAGAAAAUACAGUUUGACAGAGCAAUGAAUGAUGGCAAAUUCCAUUUGGCCGAUUCACUCGUUACAGGAAUCACGGCACUCAAUGGCAUAGAAGGCGUAUACAGAAAGGCGGUUGUCCUGCAGGCUCAGAACCAGAUGACGGAGGCGCACAGACUUCUCCAGAAGUUGUUGACGUACUGUCAGAAACUGAAGAACACAGAGAUGGUGAUCAGCGUGCUCCUGUCCGUGGCUGAGCUCUAUUGGCGGUCCUCCUCCCCGACCAUCGCCAUGCCCGUGCUCCUGGAGGCUCUGGCCCUCUCCAAAGAAUACCGCUUACAGUACUUGGCCUCCGAAACUGUGCUCAACUUGGCUUAUGCCCAGCUCAUCCUUGGAAUCCCAGAACAGGCUUUAACCCUUCUGCACAUGGCGAUUGAGCCCAUCCUGGCCGAUGGGGCGAUCCUGGAUAAAGGCCGUGCCAUGUUCUUAGUGUCCAAGUGCCAGGUGGCUUCCGCCGCUUCCUAUGACCCAGUGAAGAAAGCAGAAGCUCUGGAGGCCGCAAUUGAGAAUCUCAAUGAAGCCAAGAACUACUUUGCCAAGGUCGACUGUAGAGAGCGGAUCAGAGAUGUUGCUUACUUCCAGGCCAGGCUCUAUCAUGCCCUCGGCAAGACCCAGGAGAGGAACCGGUGUGCCAUGGUCUUCCGGCAGCUGCAUCAGGAGCUGCCCUCCCAUGGGGUGCCCCUGAUUAACCAUCUCUAGAAGACUCCCUGCUGGCUGGUGUGUAGAGUGCCAGUCACACCCUGACUUGUUCCUGUCCCUCCCUGUACUGAAACGGUGGUCGGAACUUGUUACCUUGUCAAUAAACUGUUGGGGUCAGUU